AUCUUCAAGAGACUGUAGUGGCGACGAGUAUCUCCAGGUGACUGUAGUGGCGACUAGUCCCGCCAGGCGACUGUACCUCGCGCGGUCCAGCCGCCGGACAGGUGCCGGGGCAGGUGUCGCGGCGCGCAUGCGCGGAGCCGAGCUCCCUCCCCGCCUCAACAACCACUCGCCAGUCGUCGCCGUGGUGUCGCCGCGCGCAGAGCGCUGCCCGCCCCCCGAGCGGCGCGCGAGGAUCGAUGACGGACCACGUGGCGGGGCCGACGCCGCAGCGCCAUGCGUGACGGCGACAAGAGGAAGAGCGUGCUGCAGUCGCUGCUGGAGUGGGAAGCGCGUGGUGACCAGCAGCGCGACAGGCACGUGCGACAACAGGAGGGGCGUGGCCUGCGCCAGCUGGGGCCCGCCCACCGCCUCGGCCAGGCGGAGCCCGCCGCCGGCCGAGAGGGAUGACCCGGGGGCGGUGAGAGGCGGCGCGCCGGCUGGAGCCCGGCGGCGGGACAGGCAGCCGCCCCCACAGGUGGAGAAUGGCGGCAGUGCGGUGCGUGACGAGAUGAUGGCAGCAUCCCUGCUGGCUCGCCUGGGCGUCGCGCUGGACCGACAGGGAGUGCUGGUCAGGCUCAACAACAAGGAGAACGUGAUGGACGAGCCCAAAGAGGAGGACGAGAGAAGAAUGGCUGAGGCGUGCCGGGGGAAGGAGGGUGAUGCGGGCGAGCGAGACAGGCUGAGCCGGUCCGGCCCGGAGCCCCGGAACGAGCGCCAGGGCAGCCUGUCGUCGCUGUACCACGGCACAUGGCCAGUGGAGCGCACGCUGUGGCACAGCGGGCCGAGCAGCCUGGGAGCCGGCUCCGGCCACAGCUUCUGCCAGGACGCGCCGAGCGUGAUGAGCUUCUCGUCGGGCGCGGGCAGCCCCGUGGAGGGGGGUGCUGCGGCGCGCCGCUGCCACAGCCAGCAGCAGCUGGGCGCCAAGGUGGAGAUGGUGUACGGCCUGCUGUCCAUGCUGGGCGCCCACGACAAGCAGGACAUGAGCCGCACCCUGCUGGCCAUGAGCGGCAGUCCCGACAGCUGCCUCGCCAUGCGGCAGUCAGGCUGCCUGCCCCUGCUGGUGCAGCUGCUGCACGGGCCGGACGGCGACGCGGAGACGCGCCGCCGCGCGGCCCAGGCGCUGCACAACGUGGUGCACGCCGACCCCGAGGACAAGCACGGCCGGCGCGAGGCGCGGGUGCUGAGGCUGCUGGAGCAGGCCCGCGCCUACUGCGACGCCCUGCGCGAGGAGGGCCCCUCCCGGCCCCCUGCCAGCGAUGAGAUGGAGAAGCACCCAGGCCCGACCAUAGCAGCGCUCAUGAAACUGUCAUUCGACGAGGAACACAGACUUGCCAUGUGCCAGCUCGGAGGACUGCACACUAUAGCUGAGCUUAUCCAGGUGGAUCACGAAGCUCACGGAAGCCUCACGAAAGACCAGUACUGCGUGACGCUGAGGCGCUACGCUGGCAUGGCCCUCACCAACCUGACUUUCGGCGACGGCACUAACAAGGCCCUCCUGUGCUCGCUGCGGGAGUUCAUGAGCGCUCUCGUCGCACAGCUCGACUCUCCGAGCGAAGAUCUUCGCCAGGUGACGGCGAGCGUGCUGAGGAACCUGUCGUGGCGGGCAGACGGCUGCAGCAAGCAGACGCUGCGCGAGGUGGGAGCCGUGCCGGCGCUCAUGAAGGCGGCCAUGGAGGGCAAGAAGGAGUCGACGCUCAAGUCCAUCCUCUCGGCGCUGUGGAACCUCUCGGCCCACUGCAGCAUGAACAAGGUAGACAUAUGUGCUGUGGAUGGUGCUCUUGCAUUCCUGGUUGGCAUGCUGAGUUACAAAGCUCCCUCCAAAACUCUGGCGAUUGUCGAGAAUGCUGGUGGUAUUUUAAGGAACAUUUCUAGUCACAUCGCUGUGCGGGAGGAUUACAGGGCCGUUUUGCGAGAACAUAACUGUCUCCAAGUACUCCUGCACCAGCUAAAGUCGCCCAGUCUGACCAUCGUGAGUAACGCCUGCGGGACCCUGUGGAACCUCUCUGCCCGCUGCCUGGAGGACCAGAAGGCUCUGUGGGAGCUGGGGGCUGUGAACAUGCUCCGCAGCCUGGUGCACUCGAAGCACAAGAUGAUCUCGAUGGGCUCCAGCGCUGCCCUGAAGAACCUCCUGUCGGCCCGCCCCGCCUCCAGCCUGGCCCCCCUCGACCCCGCGGGGAGGGGCUCCAUGCCCGGGCUGUUCGCCCGCAAGCAGAAGGCCCUGGAGCAGGAGCUGGACCAGUCGCUGGCCGAGACCUGCGACAACAUCGAGCCCAACGUGUCGCCGUCGUCGUUCCGCGACGACAGGUUCGUGUUCUCCGCCACGGACCGGCAGUACCGCCAGAGGGUGCUGCACCACGCCCAGCAGUACCAGCAGCAGCUGAUGGCCCGGUACCACGCCCGGGGGGUGGUCGCCAGGUCCGACAGUCGGGACUCCGUCACGAGCACGCUCUCGGACACGGUGUUCGAGCGAGUCAGCAGGAGCGUGGGGGGCGUGCAGGGCUCGCCCACCGACGACGCGCAGGUUCCGUUGAUCGCGAACCCCUCGUCUCUUACGGGGAGCCUGAGCGAGACGGGCCACGUUCAGUACGAGAAUGUUGCCUUCUCCGACAGAAGAUUUCUUCGAAGGUAUUGCAAUUCCAUGAAGGACAGUGAUGAUGGCAGAAGAAAUGGAUCUUCAGAGCAAACUAAUGAGGACAACGCCAAUGGCAGAGAGAGGUCUCGAACUGGUUCACUUGAUUCAUCCUACCAGCGAACAAAGUUGGAUCAAAUAGAUGAAGGCACACCAGCUGGCAAUGAACAUGACGAAGAUACAACCAAGGAUCCUCAUAAAGGAACCAGUGUAAAAAACUCUCUUCAGGAAUCAUGCCCUUCAAUAGUUAAUUCUUCAAAAGAUCUCGGUUAUGAGAGUGGAAGAACAUAUUCUCGGCAAUCUGUUUUCUCUCCACUAGAAGGUGGUACUAGUAGUUGUGGUAGCAGUCAUAUUCAGUACCAACAGGUGAAUAGGAUACCUUCCAGUACACAGUCAUUUACAUCUCCAAGGAGUAAAUUUCCAGAAUAUACUUUCGAGGAACAGGAGCAGCCUGUUGACUACAGUCUCAAAUAUGUGGAGAAUGAUUCUGGUGGCUCAGUCGCUCAAGAUUGUGCGAGUGGACAAAGCUCAGACAUCAAGAACAAAACUCCACAACCUGCCUCUUACAGGGACUGUGUUUCUGAGACGGGAAACAGCUCUGGCCAUGACAAUCUUGGUCAAGGGUUCAGUAGGUUCAGGGGCCACUGUGUUCCUUCCAGCAAAAACGUGAAAAUGAGCAUGGUGUAUGGAGACUACGCAGAGACCGACCUUGACCAACUGACGGAUUAUAGCUUGAAGUACGCCGAAGAAGUUGACGAAAGCGAGUUCGAGAAGAACGCGGCAGAGGGGCAGCAGGAGAGGGAAAGGUACUUGGACAAUUCUGUCCCAAUGCAGGAAGACACUCUGAAGACCUACUGUACCGAGGGAACUCCGUAUGAAACACCAUACAAUUUCUCUACCGCCACAUCCAUGUCAGACUUGCGCUGCGAUACAUCUGCCCCUCACCAGGACUUAAAAGAUGAGUCCACGGAGGAAACCAAAGAAGACAGUUUUGGCAAGGAUGGUGUAGAGAAUGCCGAGUCUGCAGAAGUGGUUGGGGAAGAGGCAUCCACCUUGAACCAGAGCGAUGCCGACAAAGAGCCCCAGGAGAAGUUUUCUUCUGUGACUGCCCCUGCCCUGCCAAGCAGGUUGUCGUCCGGACUGAGCUCUGGGCUGAUGUCUCCCGAGAAGCCGGUGCAGUACUGCGAAGAGGGCACACCGGGAUGUUUCUCCCGAGUCAGCUCUUUGAGCUCGCUCAGCAGCUUGCCGGUGCACUCGGACACCAAUCGAACAGAGGUCCCUGUUUCGAACACAAGGCCAGAGCCAAGACCCGAGAAGAAGACAAGCAACCCCACAGCCCCCACUGAGGAAGUGAAGGAGGAACCUCAUGCUGACAGGGAGGGUAAAGUGGUGACGUUUGGAGGUGCGGAUCACUACGCAGAGGAAACACCAUUAAUGUUCUCGCGUUGUAGUUCUCUUGGUUCUCUCAGCAGUUUCGAGCAGCAUUCCAUUCAUGAUGACCGCAGCUCAGUCAUAAGUGAUUUUAGCCGGCGCACCAGUGGCGUGGUGUCGCCGAGCGAGCUGCCUGAUUCGCCCACGCAGAGCGUGCCAGGCAGUCCUUCCCACCAGAAGCCCCCGGUGGAGUUCACCAGUCAGAUCCCAGACGGGGCGGGGGCCAGCGGGAGAGCAGUGCAUCAGCCGGCAGCCAGGCACCCACUUCCAGGUCGUAGCAAUACGGCCAGGAUGAGCGUGUUUGAAGAUGAUGUGGCAGCGUUCAAAGAAGAAGACACUCCGGUAGAAUUUUCUCGAGCCACCAGCCUCAGCUCGCUAACAAUUGAUGAUGAGCCAAAGAUUUCAAAUGAUGCCAUGCUCAAAGAAGUGGUGAAACUACCGCCGCGCGCGCACGCGUCCCACCUGGUGCGAGACAGGGGCAGGGACAAGGACAAGGACGAGGAGCCGGAGAAGCAGGACACGGAGAAGGAGAAGAAGGAGCCCCCGGAGUGCUCGGAGCUGGCCACGGUCAGCGAGGGCGAAGAGGAGACGGAUGAGGACAUGCUGGCCGCCUGCAUCAACAUCGGCAUGCAGAACAGCAGGCAGAGGCCAGGCAGCCGAGCGUCCACGUCAGGCACCGCGUCUCGUCCGCUGUCCUACCCGCGGUCCAGCGGCAUCCCGGUCAGGCUGCAAGCGCCUGGGAGGCCGGCCAGGCAGCAGCCGGCCAAUUACAUUGAGAGCGCGGGAGGCCCGUGUGACGAUGCGCUGCAGACGUACCACACGGAAGGGACUCCCGCGAACAUCUCGCAGGCGGGCUCGCACUCCGACCUCUCCGUGCUCUCCGUGGAGGAGAGCAGGCUGGAAGGGGUGACGGAGGAGCGCCCCGCCGACCUGUCAGACGACAGCUCCAACGACAACAUCUUGGCCGAGUGCAUCCAGUCGGGCAUGCCCAAGGCACGGGAGCCGCCCAGACGCCGGCUGGUGACCCCGACCCCUGACGGCACGCCCAAGAAGCCUCCGUCGCGCCGCCCCGCCUCCCACCACCUGUGCGGUCUGGACCACGGCCACCCCCCGGCACAGCCGGCGGGGCGCCUGUUCGCCGCCCGGCCGGUCCGCGACGAGGUGAAGACCUUCGCCACCGAGGGCACCCCCAACACCCUGUCCCCCGGGCCGUCGCUCGCCGACCUCACCGCGAACAAGUCGCCGCAGAACGAUGCUGCUUCCAGAUUCCCGGCGCAAGAUGUUUCGCUGGAGGUUUCGCACGCGGCUUCCCUCAGUUCGCUGAGCAUCGACGAGGAGGAUCAGCUGGAAGCCCCCAAUGUGUCUGGUGUUCGUUCCCCGGAGUCUUCCAGUGACAUUGCUACAACUGCUGUUUGCCCUGUAGAUGUGGCCUCCGAACCACCUGUACAGUCCAUGAUCGUAUCUUCAGAUGGCAGCUGGUGUGACCAUAUUGAAUCUGCAGCUUCUCGCCAAUAUAACAAAACCAGCUCUGCAUCUGAGGAUGUUGUCACAAUCCUUUCUAGAAAUGGCUCUCUUAGUUCAUUGAGCGUGGAUUCUUUCGGUUCGACAGAACCAACACCAUCAGAACAAGCCCUUCUUGAGCAGUGUAUCAAUUCAGGCAUGCCGAAGGGUUGUAUCGGAAAUAAAGCUAGUCGUAUGCCAGUUCCGAUAGGUAAGAAAAGGGUGGGUUGCAAAAGUCCUUUCUCACCUUUAAAUAGGUCAGUUGAAGGGGACAAACUAGAAGUGGUGAUACCAAUUAUACCCAUUCAGAAACUAGAGCUUAAACCAUCAUCUUUAAUAACCUGUCAUAAUGAUAUGUUGUCAACGGCACAGUUUGAAGAAGACUUUUCUCGGCUGUCGCUCGAAGAGAACAUGCCGGGAAAUGUUCCAAAAAACGUGCAGGACCCGUCUGCUGCAAUGUCCAUCAACAGUACAGCCAUCAUCACCACCACCACCAUCACCACCACAACCACACAUGCCAACCUGAUGGACACUGUAGCAGGCGCAGAAGAAGACACAGAAGAGAAAGAUCUCCAAAACUCUCUAGAGAGCAUAGAAGUAAACAGAACGACGAGGGAAAGGAUAUGCACAGUUGGAGGAGUCACCGUUAACUCGGAGGUAACACACAAAAGUACCAAAGCUGAUGCAGCUGUUGUAAGCAGCCAAAAUGACUCUCUUGCUAGUCCAGUCAAUGAUAAGUUGGAAGAAAACAGCCAGGAAGAAUGUCGUUCAGAUGUUUCAGUCGAUCUCAAACAUCAGGAUUUGAAAGAAGAGGGAGAUGCAAUGAUUCUGUCACUUGACAGGAUGACUCAGAGCUUGCUUCACCAAGUGCAAGAUAGGAAAGAGAUGAAACAGAGCACUGUUGGCAGUGACACUUGGAACGAAGAUACAUCGCCAAAUGACAUUUCCUUCCCUAGCAUGAGCAUAAGUGCUCCUCUUAUAACAUCUUUCAAGAGCGAUAACUGUGAUGCAGCCAGCACUGGUUUGCCAGAGCUAGUAGAAGAAGAAGACACAGUUUCCAUGACGGACUCUCACAUGCUGGAGCUGGAAGCGAGCAAGCUGGCAGUAGCCGUGAGAAAUGAAGCAAACAGCAUGCCGUCUGAUGAAAUGGACCACAGCAUGACGAGCAUUGAUCUGGAUGCUAUUAAACCACCGUCCAUGAUGGGAAGCUUAGUGUCGCUGACAACCAGUUUUUCGGGUCACUUGGACAUCAUGGAAUGUGCGGAGGCUCGAGAUAAGGCUAGCUCAUCGUCUCUCCCUGUCCAGCCGGCUAAGAGUAGUAACAGAGUGGAUUGCAGGCAUCAUCGCAAGAAAUCUCUACCUGUGGGCAUGAUGAUGAGGAGAGCUUUGGGUAACAACUUGAGUAGUAGUCUAGAAAAUCUCCUGGACAAUUCUAGUGUGUCCAGUAGUUGCAAUUCUCACUUGGACAAUAUCAAGCCACCAUCUGCCAUGGAGGAACUAGCAGACAUGGAAAACAGCAUGGUGAGUGUUGCCAGCAUCACUUCAGAGGUUGCGGAUUCAUCUUCCAACAAGGAGCAUUCCAACUCGGAGCAGUCUCCUGCCAGUAGCGAUGCAAUCUUUGACCUGCUUCGACCAGCAGCAACCAUCAUGGCAGAAGUUUACGCCGCACACUGUGCCAACAUGGCGGGAAGUGUCCAUACCACUAGCACUAGCGACUGCUUGGAUAACAUCAAUCCUCCGUCUGCGUUUGAUGAGAUCACUGAUAUUGUGGCUCACGAACCCGGCACGGAGACAAUAUGCAGCGACACGGAGAUGCUCAUGGAUGAUGUUGCACAGCCUCAGGACGAAGUGGAUGGCACAGAACUGCUCUUGGACGGGAGCAGAAAAUCAACACCAGUGCAAUCUGCAGCAAAUUCGGCAGAUUCGACUCCGAAAAAGUUAUUGGAAAAACCAAAACAGCUAACGCCCAAACAGAAGCGGCUGUUAGUGAAGGAUCGUUACAAAACAUAUACGAUUGAUGGCGAUGAAGAAAUUAAAGAACGGAAUUCACAGCAAAUUCAGAUGGAUAAAAAAGAGAGUAAAGAUCUAAACAAGACUAUCACUGUAUCAACUGAUGGAGAUGGUGAACAUGGUCAUUUACUUGGUAGACAAGAAGAGCAGACUUAUGAAUUAAUGUCAAAAAGCCCAGUUUCUACUAAAGUAACACCUAAGCAAAGAAGGCAAGAAGACCGAGAAAGAUUCCAAACUCGUGUCCUGAACAAAUUGCCUAACGGUGAAACUGAACAAGGGGUGGUUUUAGAUGACAUUGAAGAUGAAUGUCUUACGUAUACCUUUGAAGAAAAUGCAGACAGUUCUUUUAUAAUGGCUUCUUGCACAUCUGAGUUGCAGUCCGAAGAGGUUGUAAAAACAGUGAAGCAGAAGAGAGCCCAGGCCAGAGACAGAUUUCAAACUCGUACCUUGAGUGAAGAAAUGCAAGCAGUGUGUUUGGAAACUGAACAGCCACCAUUUACCAGUUUUGGAACUAACACCUAUGGUGAUGAAAAAUCUACCUUAGAAAAUAAUUAUUUUGGAAUCAUGAGUGAGGAAAUUGAAACAUUACUAGAGCGUGAUGCAAACAUUGUAAUCAGCUCAAUCAACGAGACAAGAAGGCGGAACAGCGAGUCAUCUGAAGUUCAAAGUGAUGACAAUGUUUUGCUGGACUGUGAAACACUCAGCUUGAUUUCUUUGGAGUCUGAGUCUGAUCAUAAUGCUACUGGAUAUUCCAGAGUCAAAAGGUUUAUUGGUCACUCAGACAGUGUAGAUGAAGAACCAGAAGUAUUAACAGCUGAAAAAAAUGAGCAAAAAGAAAUUGCUAAUAAUGAGCAUUUAGAAACUGAGAGUAGUGGGAGUGAAGAUGAAGAUGAUUUUGAAAAUGAGUAUAAUAUUAACGGGCCUAGAAAACCAAGAAUAAUAAAACCAGGAAGUAGUGAAGGCGUGAAGAGGGAUGAAAGUCUUGAGACUAUUGAUGAUGAUGUAACCACUCAAAACAGUCCAAAGCCAGUUCGUGGUCGCAGGAAGGCUUUGUAUUCAAACCUGUCAUCAAAGCGUUCAGUGCCAGCCAGUUCCGAUAAGAGCAGGAGCAGUAUUCCUAUUGUGUCAGGAAAUGCAGUAAACUCCAGUGGUGGGGUGAGGCCAACUCGUGCAUCAACUCUUCGACAAACUGGAAGGGGUUCUGCAGUUGUGUCUCACAGAUCUGUUUCCCGGACUCCACCAUCAUCCUCUGGCAGUGGAAGCCCACGCAAUACUAGUCCCAAAACAUACAAAUCUCAGAAAGCUCAGCAGCGUGAGCAGAAACCAAAAAUGUCUGCAGCAGCCAAACCACCAGUUGCAAGGGGCUCUAGCACGUCCAAAAAUGCAUCAAUGAAACGUAAUUCAGUGAAAUUAGACGAGGCUGCUGCUGUGGGCACAGGGGAAGUUAAUCCAAUAUUUCGCCCUCCAGAAAGACAAGGGACAUUUACAAAAGACGAGCCAAGCACACCAAAUACACUGAAGAUGUUUAUCCCAUCGCCUUCGUCUUCUCCAACUAAGACCCGUAUACCGGUGCCAUCUUCAGACAAGCCUGUCGCACAGAAACAGAAGAAGCAAACUGCCCCAAAGUCUGCCCCUGCUGCGACAAACAGGCCUCAGUUGCGGCGAGAAAUGACUCGACAGUCUCCGAGGGUUUCAGCGCAGGCCAGAAUGAAUAAAGCCCUAAGCCAAGACUGCAGCAGCAUUGGAAGAGGCAACAAGUCUACCACUGCACCAGGAAGAAAUCCCAACAGGAAAAGUUGUGUAUCCAACAUUAGGCCAUCUUUGAGCAAUCAAAGCCUGAACAGUAACGAAGGCAAAAGUGGCAGAAAGUCCAUGUUAGGUGGAUCGCAGCAGUCUAGCAGCAAUUGUAGUUUAAACUCCACUUCAUCUGUUCCUGCAGGAAAGAACUCCAGCACCAAAAAGGAAGUGACCAGUAAAAUAGCUAGCUUAUGGAAAAGGGUAGAAGAGUCCAAAGCAAAACAAAAUGCUAUGAAAGACAAUCAUGUAUGGAUCACUGCUGAAUGUGGAACUCCAGUCCAAGGUACGUGCGAAAGUCCUCCCAAGCCUUCACCGCCUAAACUUGUACGAAGUUCUACGUUUGAAGGGAUUGUUCCUGGCUCGGGUGCUGCUUGCAACGGCAUUCCUAAGGCGUCGUCCAAGCAGGUGGCGAAGAGCAGAGGCGCUAGCGGCGACAAGAGAGUGGCCGAGGUCACUGGGAUUGUACAGCCCAGCUCCAGGCUGCACCAGGAAGGAUGCAAGCCCGUCGCUGAUGUCGUCUACCGCCGGCCACGCGACUUGAAAUCAAGUGAUAAUGAUGUCCAAGAAACAGAAGAGGAAAAAGCAAAGCGGCUGUCUCGGUUAGGAACUUUCAUCAGAAUUGAACCCCCGGAGGGAGGUGGAGAAGAUUGCAAGGUUAUAACGAAAAUUCCUGCUUCUGCAGUGGUACCACCUUUCAAUUAUAAUCCUCCCGCUCACAUACCCGGUUCACUGAUACCUACCCACUUUUCAUCCACUCUGACAAAGAGAGGCGGUGGUGACAGCCAAGACAGUAGUGAGAUUAGUGACCAGGAUUUUAGUACCGCUUCGUUGAAAGUCACUACCGUAUGAGUUGGUUGAUGCCAUCAAGCAUGGGAACACUUGGAACGUGUAUGUCCAUAUUUUGCUACGAAUUUCGUAUGAGCUGUUAAGGGAGUGUUAAAAAACAUUAUGAACAUGAUGAAGUGCAUUCUUAAUUAUAUAUAUACAUUUUGACAAAAAGUUUUUAGGUGAUAUCAAUAAAUGUGUCUUGCUUAAUGCUUUGUAUCAUUAUGUCAUUGUCAUAUUUUCUUCUCUCAUAGUAUUAUUCCUUGUGUUGAAUUGUUCAUGGUCUUCCAUGUUUUUGUAAGUACUGUAAUAAGAGUGUGUUAAAACAAUCUUAUAAAUGUAGACUAAAAAGUUAUUUUAGGUAUUGAUGUAACAUUGUCUUUUUUUUAAAGGAGACAUAUCUUAUAAAAGCAUGAGUUAAGUAUUUUCAAUGUAGUUAUGUAUAUCUUCUUAUAUGAUUGUUUAAUCAGUAAGUGUAUUUUCCACUAAUACUUAGACUUUCACUUUUUGCCCUUAGAAACCUAAGAUUGUUUGAUGCCAUCGAGUAGAAUGGCGGUUUACAUUAUUAGUUUUUGUGCUUUAUUAAAUAGGCCAUAUGUAUGGAUUGUAGCUUUUCUCCUAAGAGUCUCUAGGCAAAUGUUUAUUUAUUUAUUUUAUUUUAUUUUAUAACAGAAUGCAAAAUCCAUAUGUCUGUUUUAUAGUUUAAUGUGUAUGAAUUUUGGUGAUUGUAGUGAGACAAGUAGUUUUUUUGUCUUCGUUACGAAGUUGGCUGUGAAUAUUAUGUUCUUAUUUUUCCUUGAAAACUCUCUUAUGUACGUACAGUUGUAAAUCAUAGUUGUGACUUGACUUCUUAUAACAGUGUAAGGUCCACAAAUAAUGUUUUGCAUUUUUAACAUUCUCCUAUUUAACAUCCUAUUUUUGCCAAAUAAAUGAAGUAUUUCUUUUUUUCUAUAUCUGAACAUAUUAAGAAUGCACUUUUUCAAUGUAAGACUGAGUGAUGCCCAAACUAAAAAGUGAGUGUUUUGAAUGCAGUUAGUCACAUCAUUCCUAUAUCCAAAAAAUAGUUGUGAAAUGUGAAGUGGUAUGUAGUUCAUUCCACUUAAUGUGAACACAUUUUAACUGCUAGUAGUUUUCUUUUAGUCAAGAAUAUGUUACAAUGUGAAAUUAAUUAUCCUAAUAUAUUUUCUUUUGGAAAAGAUGUGGAUCAGAAAAUUUUUAGUUGAAUUUUGUGUGGCAGAAAUGACAAAAGUUAUUAUCUAAAUGUUCAUAUUAUCUGGAAUGCACUGUAUUAAUGUAGAUUUAUCAUUAAAUUACCAGGUGCGAAGUGAGUUUUAGGUCAUUGCUGAAAAGUGACUGCAUUUUGUGUGACAUUACUUUUGGCAGUAGAUAGUUUCCUCAAGAGUAUUAUUGCAAUAGCUUUUACUGAUUGUAAAUGUUAAUGUAUAAAUAAUCUUACAUGUCAAGAAAUCGUAAACUCCAUUAUAUAGUUUUUUAAUACCGUUUCUUUUAAGUGGGCAACACAAGUUUGAUCUGUAGCAGAACUUUAUUUUGCAGAACAUUAUUGCAGCAACGUUUGAAUAUACAACAAAAUUUAUAAUUUUAGUGUUCACAAAAUUACGUAUUAGCAUAAAAGAUUGCGAUAGGUUGUACAUAAAUGGUACUGUAUAGUUAAGAUUUAUGUUAUUCUGCCUGAUGUUGAUAUAUCAGAAGUGUACAUGGUAACUGUGUGAUAUUUAUACUGCUGUACUUUGUUUCCUGUGAAGUUUUGUGUGUGAAUUUAACGCAUCUUUGAGUACACUGUACUCCUUUUCGUAUGUAUAUAAAGUAAAGUUGUUUGCACGAGAAUGAAUUUUAAAGUAAAAUUGAA